ACUGAUUUCUUUUACUGUAACUAAUCGAACCUAGUGUUCUAUGGCCAAUCGGCUAAUGUCCAUGUGAGCUGAUCAUGAGUAUUUGAGUGAGAUCAAAGGGAGACUUCGCAUAACAGAUAUAUUUUUUGAUUUGUAUAUUCAAUCUGUGCCAUUAGAUACUGAUCAUCAUUCUCUCUCACAUCAUAUCAAUGGCGUUGUCAAUAAUGUCUUCUUACGCAUCUUUUCGUCCCUUUAAACCCUCAUCACUUUCGAGUUCUCAAAACAUAAUUAGAAAUUUUGACGAGAACUCCAAAUAUCAUAUCAGGAGUAACGGUGAUCUCACACCACAAAAGGAUUUAGAUAAAUACAGGGACGUUUUAAGAAAAGCAGACCCAUUUGAUGAAGGUCUGAAGAUGAUUGAUGCUAUUCAACGGCUAGGAAUUGACUAUAUCUUCGAGGAAGAGAUUGAUAAAAUUAUACAAAGCCAGUCUGCUUAUAAGUUUUUUAGAGAAUUCGAACAUGAUCAUCAUCAUCAAGAUCUGUAUGAUGUAGCUCUUCGUUUUCGACUCUUGAGACAACACGGUCUCUUCGUUCCUGCUGAUAUUUUCAACAAGUACAAGGACAAUAAUAACGGUUGUUUCGACACGAGGCUAAGAGAGGACAUCAAGGGUUUGCUGAGCUUAUAUGAAGCCUCCCAUCUAUGCAUAGAGGGAGAAAAUAUCCUUGAUGAAGCUGCUUUAUUUAGUGCUCAACACUUGGAAGCGUCCAUGACACGUCUUCAUCGUUAUGAUCAAUAUCAGGCCAAAUUUGUGGCAACUACACUUCAAAAUCCCACUCACAAAAGUUUAUCCAAGUUCACAGCCAAGGACCUUUUUGGUGUCUAUCCCAGUCAGAAUGGGUACAUAAAUUUGUUUCAACAACUAGCAAAAGUUGAAUUUAAUAGAGUUCAGUCCCUGCAUAGAAUGGAAAUUGAUAAAGUCACCAGGUGGUGGCGAGACAUUGGUUUAGCUAAGGAAUUAACUUUCGCAAGAGAUCAACCGGUGAAGUGGUAUAUUUGGUCCAUGGCCUGCCUAACCGAUCCAACCUUGUCGAAACAAAGGGUUGCGCUUACAAAAUCCAUUUCGUUUAUCUAUGUAAUAGAUGAUAUUUUCGACAUGUACAGUUCACUUGAUGAACUCAUUCUCUUCACCCAGGCUGUCUCUAGCUGGGAAUAUAGUGCUAUACAAAAACUUCCAGACUCCAUGAAGACAUGCUUUAGAGCCCUAGAUAAUAUGAUCAAUGAGUCUAGCCAUACGAUCUAUCAAAAGCGUGGAUGGAGCCCUUUACACUCUCUUCGGAAGACGUGGGCAAGUUUGUGCGAAGCCUUUUUAGUAGAGGCAAAAUGGUUUGCAUCAAGGCACGUACCAAAGGCAAAAGAAUACUUGGAAAAUGGUGUGGUCAGCUCAGGAGUGCACGUAGUUCUGGUUCAUAUAUUUGUUCUCUUGGAUGAAACCAGUCUCACCCAAAAGACACUGGAUUUUGUGGAAAACAUGCCUUCCAUCAUUACUUCUACAGCAUCGAUUCUUAGGCUUUGGGAUGACUUUGGUAGUGCCAAGGAUGAGAAUCAAGAAGGACAUGACGGAUCUUAUGUGGAGUGUUACAUGAAGGAAUUAGGAGGCAGUGUUGAAGAUGCACGUGAGGAAAUGAUGGAAAAGAUUUCAGAUGCAUGGAAGUGCCUCAACAAAGAAUGCAUACUUCGAAAUCCAGCGUUUCCACCACCAUUCCUCAAAGCUUCUCUCAAUCUCGCAAGAUUAGUUCCUUUGAUGUAUAAUUAUGAUCACAACCAACGCCUACCCCACUUGGAAGAACAUAUCAAAUCUUUGUUAUAGUAAGUAUCUACCUAAAAUAACACCAUAUCUUUGUAUAUAAAAUAUGGUUAUUUAAAGGUUUUUGUUAGUUUAAGGGAAUAUAUAUUUUAAGAAUAUAAGAAUAUUUCGUUAAAUUUAAUUAAGGGUGGCUAUCAUCCAAUCCGAUUCAAUUGAA